CGGAACUGCGCUUCCCGGCAUGCCGCGCGCUCCGGGCCCGGCCGCCGGCCUGUCCGGCCGCCCCGCCCCGCGGCCCCGGCCCGCCCCGUCCGGUGGGGCGACUAGCCGCAUGGAGGCCGGCUGAGGAGCGCCACCCGUCUCGGCUUCACUGGUCGCGCCGGAGCCUCCAGGCAGCCAUGGAGGAGGGGGAGGAGCAGCCGCCACAGGAGGCCAGCGCGGAGCCCGCUGCGACCCCAGGAGCUUCGGAGGUGGUGCCCAGGGUGCUUCCCGGAGAACCCCAGAACCUGUGUUUGUGUCCCCAAGAACACUCAGUGCUGGGCAGCAGGGGUGGACAGCUCCCAACUGACGUGGACGCUUUCAACCUGCUCCUGGAGAUGAAGCUGAAGCGGCGGCGGGAACGGCCCCACCUGCCCCGCACGGUGACCGAGCUGGUGGCCGAGGACGGCAGCCGCGUGUACGUGGUGGGCACGGCCCACUUCAGCGACGACAGCAAGAAGGACGUUGUCAAGACCAUCCGGGCGGUGCAGCCCGACGUGGUGGUGGUGGAGCUCUGCCAGUACCGCGUGUCCAUGCUGAAGAUGGACGAGCGCACGCUGCUGCGGGAGGCCCGGGAGAUCAGCCUGGAGAAGCUGCAGCAGGCCGUGCGGCAGAACGGGCUCAUGUCUGGGCUGAUGCAGAUGCUGCUGCUGAAGGUGUCGGCCCACAUCACCGAGCAGCUGGGCAUGGCCCCCGGCGGCGAGUUCAGGGAGGCCUUCAAGGAGGCCAGCAAGGUGCCCUUCUGCAAGUUCCACCUGGGGGACCGGCCCAUCCCCGUCACCUUCAAGAGGGCCAUCGCGGCGCUCUCUCUCUGGCAGAAGGUCAAGCUGGCCUGGGGCCUGUGCUUCCUGUCCGACCCCAUCAGCAAGGACGACGUGGAGCGCUGCAAGCAGAAGGACCUGCUGGAGCAGAUGAUGGCGGAGAUGAUCGGCGAGUUCCCCGACCUGCACCGCACCAUCGUCUCCGAGCGCGACGUCUACCUGACCUACAUGCUGCGGCAGGCCGCCCGGCGCCUCGAGCUGCCGCGCUCCUCCGACGCUGAGCCCAGGAAGUGCGUCCCCUCCGUGGUGGUAGGCGUCGUGGGCAUGGGCCACGUCCCCGGCAUCGAGAAGAACUGGACCACCGACCUCAACAUCCACGAGAUCAUGACCGUCCCCCCGCCGUCCGUCUCCGGCAGAGUGUCCCGGCUGGCCGUGAAAGUCGCCUUCCUGGGCCUGCUGGGCUACGGCCUCUAUUGGGUGGGGCGCCGCACCGCCAGCCUGGUCCUGGCCCUGCCCGCCACCCAGUACUGCCUGCAGAGGGCGGCCGCAGCCCGGCCCAGCAAAUAG